ACGGUGUCGUCAAGCCGUUAAGGUCGGCCAUGCGUGAGGUCGUUCGUGGACAUAAAACAUCACCCCUCAUCUUUAGGGUCAAACACCAGGCUGACAAGACUCUCCAUCCAGUUCGUCAACUGAACACUGAGGGGGGAGAAACAGCCUCAGGAUUUUCAAGUGUAGAAGCAGCUAAGGACUUCAACAGUGUUGGACUGCGAAGCUGCCCAAACAGGAAGCAAUUGGAAUCUUUGGGGCGUAAGAGGAAAGAAGGACAAGACUUGACGUGCACUGGCGUGCAGUGUUACAGAACGGCGUUCAUAAUAAUCACGGCGGUAACAUUUUUCGGGUGCGUCGUUUCUUUAAUUCUGGUUCUCAGGACCAGGAAAUUUUACAAAAGUGAUAUUUAUAAGAAAUUCAGGGAAGAUGCUAAAGCGGCAGAAAUUGGCAUGACUUCCCAUGGACAUGGCCGUGACGGGGGAGUUCCGACGGAGGAAGUUCAAUCUAGAACUACCGCACCUACUGCUGUCGCCACAAGCACCACCACUGACUAACGAAGUAGUUAUAAGUUGCUUUAGGUUUUUUUUUUUUUUGGUAAAAGUUGCUUUUGGUUUGAGUGGACUAGUUUAGACAAGGGUGGGUUCGAACCAAAGUAGUAAAUACUGUAUCGAUAU